UCCGUCACGUAAAGGAUGAGGGCUCCAGGGGCGGGUGCUAACAGGUCAGGGGUCAACUGAGUGGCAGACGCCGGACUUACAGCUGGAGUGUAAUGGGCAUACCUAAUCAGAUCUCCUGAUGACAGGGUCCAGCCCUGUGUUUGCCAUGCAGCAUGUCAUGGGUGUGCCCCAUGUGCUGGUACGAAGAGGCCUCCUUGGAAGGGACCUCCUUAUGACCACCAGGACUCUCUGUAGCUCAGGUCCCAGCCAGCCCAGAGAGAAGCGAUCAGAGGCCACAGCCCUCAGGCUGUAUCACCGCCUCCUAGCCCUGGGAAGAGCCCUGGGGCACACUAUUCAGCAACAAGCGGCCUCUACUGCCAAGACUUGGUGGGACAGAUAUGAAGAGUUUGUGGGACUCAAUGAAGUUCAAGAGGCCCAGGGAAAUGUGACUGAGGCAGAGAAAGUGUUCAUGGUGGCUCGUGGGCUUGUCCGUGAGGCUCGAGAGGAUUUGGAAGUUCAGCAGGCUAAGCUGAAGGAGGUGAGGGACCGCUUGGACCGCGUCUCCAGGGAAGACAACCAGUACCUGGAAUUGGCUACACUGGAGCAUAGGAUGCUACAGGAAGAGAAGAGGCUCCGCACAGCAUAUCUACGUGCAGAAGACUCUGAGCGGGAGAAGUUCUCCCUUUUCUCUGCAGCCGUGCGGGAAAGUCACGAGAAGGAGCGCACAAGGGCUGAGCGGACCAAGAACUGGUCCCUCAUCGGGUCAGUUCUGGGAGCUCUCAUUGGUGUGGCUGGUUCCACCUAUGUGAACCGUGUACGGCUCCAGGAACUGAAAGCCUUACUCCUGGAGGCACAGAAAGGGCCUGUAAGUCUCCAGGAGGCCAUCCGUGAACAGGCCUCUAGCUACUCCCUUCAGCAGAGGGACCUCCAGGAUCUCAUGGUAGACCUGAGGGGCCUGGUGCAUGCUGGGAAGGACCAGGGUUCAGGAUCACCAGCAAGUACUUCUUCCACCCAAGGGAGAGACAUAGAUGUCCUUUCAGCUGCCAUGAAAGAGCAGCUCAGUCAUUCCCAGCAGGUCCAUUCCUGCCUAGAGGGUUUACGAGAGCAACUUGAUGGCUUGGAAAAGACUUGGAGCCAAAUGGCUGGGGUGGUUCAGCUUGCAAAGGCUGCAGCAUACCCAGGCUUCGUGGAGUCAGUAGACAGGACUCUGCCCAGCUCACUGCUGGAACAAGGGAGCCUGGUCUUGGCCCUGUCUGAUAUGGAGCAGAGACUAGAAGCCCAAGUCAACAGGAAUACCAUCUGCAGCACACUGUUCACCUGUGUGACUUUUGUGGCCAUACUGCCUGUCCUCUACAUGCUGUUCAGGACUAGCUAGCCUUGGGAGCUGCCUCCAAAGGGGCCAAGGGUGAACACAACCUUCUCGGGGUGCACACAACCUCAUCCAGACUCUCUGAAUACCAUCUGAGGGGCUUACCAGCCAAUAUAUUUUAUUUAGUUGGUAAUAUUCAUUUAUGUUGCCAAAACUUUAUGCUAAUGUCCAAUUAAAAUACCUUAGAGUUUGUAUUAUUUAAAAG